AAUUCGUGUUUUCCUAGAAGAAUAGGAAACUUCAAUGUAACAGGUUUCUCUACAGAAGAUUAAAUUAUAUAAAAAGUAUACUAAAUGUCUAUAUUUGUUCAGAACUUGUUUUAUUCAGAUCUAUGUUGGAACAGUAUUUGAUAUUUGAUCAUAUAAGUCUACCAUAUGUGUAGGAAUCAAUGGUAAUAUGUAAUGAUACAUAUAAAUGUUCUGUGAGAUCAGAGAGACAAAAUUUAGAAAUCGGGCUUGUUUCAUGAAAUCUGGCUAUACGCCCAUCACAAGGAACUGUGUGUCAUAUGCAGAGUAUGGUAUUGGCAGUGGCAGAGGAGGCAGCUGCUCAGGAGAGGUGUGGGAAGGCUUUUGCACAAAGCACUCGCUCUUCGUCCAGCUUCUUUAUGCCCAACCCCUCAGCUCUCCUGUCAUUCCGAGAUCCUAUCGUCCAGGAAGAACCACUUAUACAUUAAAUCACUGUAUCAAGGCAAUGAAGUGGGAUGUAUUGGGCUUUUCCUAAAAGCGGAUUGUUAGUCGGUGGCAAGAGAAAAGACCUAGAGAGCAGAGGAUGGAAGUCCGAUUUCCUAUUUCACAGGUGACUGGGCUCUCUCUGGUGGUAUCAAGAAGGAGAGAAAUUUCUACACAGUUUAACAACAGAGAAUGCCUGUUUCUGGCUCAUAGGAAUAAUCAUAAGAAAUGAAUUUUAAUGUCUGGAAUAUCAAAGAUAUGCUCAGUAUUCCCUCAACCUCUGGGACCACUAAGUCAUCUAGCUGGGCUAAUAAUCCGGGUGAUUAUUCCAGUCUCAGUGACUCUCAGUUCCUCUUUGGAUCCCAGUUCUGUCCAGAAAGUUCAGAGACCCUGUCAGCACCUUUGGACGUUGGUGUCCAUUUGAGAGACCCAAAACCGUUACAAAAGGGUUCUCUGGAUAAUGAACCUAGUAUUUUCACAAAGUACCAGACAAAACCCCAGCUGUUUGAAGAAGAUAUAAAUGAUGGAGGCUUAUUUCCUCUUCCUUUGCCAGUUGGAAAAUCAAAAGGCCUUUUGGAACAGUUUGAGGAGAAAAAGAAAAUAGCAAAAGAUAAAUGUGACAGUGAGACUCUAUACAGCUUCAUUUCCCAUGUCAGAGAAAGCGUUCACAAGUUGCAGACAUCGGUGGAAAAGUCUGAGGAGCAUCUCAGUUCAAGAAGCCAGUCCAUUUUGGAUUCUUUGGAGACUGUGGCCAAGACCUUGCAAGAAACUGCGCGGGCCCAGAGGGACCUGGUGUUGGAAACAGCGCAGGACAAAGGCCGCGUGGAGCAGGCGGUCCUGGAGCUGCGGACGGAGUUCCAAGCUAGACAAGCGGAGAUUGUAGAAAUGAAGUCCGGCCUGAAGCACCUGGAAGCUGUGGCUGCGCAGCAGAGCAAGGACGUCCAGCAGCUGUGUGAGCAGCUGGCUCAGCUCGAUGUGCCCGGCGCCCUCGCAGAGCUGAAGAGCUUCCUCGCGGGGCCUCGGGCCCCCACGCACGUGAGAGACAGCACUUCCCAGACCUCGCCCCCAGGGCCCCAGCCAGCGCUGGAGCUGAGAGUGGGCGCCCUGCGGCCCGGGGAGUCUGAUGUCUGGGGUGAGGGAGCCAAGAGGGCAGCCCUCCCCGAAGAGGCCGUGGGAGAAGGAAAGAGAAGCAGGGGCGUCCGGGACAAGGCCGUACAGACGAGCCUCAAGAGCCAGCUUCUCCCUAAAACGAGCUCCGAGAACUGUGGCGGCAGGAAGCUGGUUGCCCAAGGAGCCUUGCGGCUUCUGUCCCUGGAUGUAAACAACUUUGUAACCAGCCCAAAAUGUCAGACCAAAGGCGUGUUCUCACGUGACCCCUGUGAGCAGCGGCUGGUGACGGGAGAACACAGGCGGAGAGGCCGGCCGCCCAGGAGCACCCACCGGGGCAGGCCCCCCACCAGGCGGCAAGAGCAACCCCGAAGCACAGCCUGUGCUUUCAGUUCCAGGUGCCCCCAGCUUCCCGGGCCCGGCUCACAGGGGUCCCCCCCGGAGCAGCAGGAGCCCCGUGCUCAGCCCCUGUGUCGGGGGUUCCAGGGACGGAACCCCACACAGCCUGCUCGGGGAGGGGCACUCAGACCCCGGGCCCUCCGGCAGCUCCGCGGGCACUCUCCCCAGGACAGCUCCCAGGGGGACCCCCAAAUGAGCUGGUUCAGCGACCUCAACCCUGAAAGCCCCCAGGCCCUGCAGCCCCAGCAGCCGGGGAAGGCUGUGUUCUACCACCUGGGUUUCGAUAGCAGCGACGAGAGCGCCUGAUGGGCACAGUGAUCCAGCUGGUGGAAUGGUCCCGGCUGGAAAGAGAAAUGAAGGGUCAGAGGUCCUGCUAGAAGGGGGGCAGGUCUGGCGUUCUGGCACCCGGUGCUGCCCACGCCAGGGCAUGUGCACCCUUCCUUCCCGACGUGAAGCCGGUGGGGAGAGCGGGGCACCGCCUGGGCGUGGCUCCACGGGGAACCCUGAGCGCCAUGGGUGCUGUAGGAGCGGGACUCUCAAACACGACAUUUUUUUUCUUCAAAAUAUUCUCUACACGUGACCAAUAUCUUCUAGGGCCUCCAGAUUUUUAAAUUUUUACCCAGCACUGCUGCGAGAGCAUUGUGUUUUUGGUCAGUGGACCGGCCAUGCUAGUCAGGCCUGGUGAACAGAGCGCGCCAAAGCUGCCGGCGACAGAGGUGGCACCAAACAGGUGCCCGGAGCGCCGCUGCUCAGGACUGUGGUCCCCACGGCCUGUUUCAACCUCGGAUUAACGCCCCGAGGGCAGCGGGGGCCACGGGCCGGUGGAGAGCAGUGGGCUUUAUGAGACGUUUGC